AUUUAUUAUUUUGAUAUAAGCAAUAGAAAUAGUCACAGUUGGUCUGUUACAGUGCAGUAAAUAAUAUGCUUGUGGGCAUGUGCUAAUAAGCUAUACUUAGAUGUCCUGGUUAUUUAAAGCUUUACAUGAAAACAACUGUCAAUAGAACCUGGCUCCCUUAUGGGUAUAAUUUUGAUCUGCUAGAAAAAGAGAAACCAACCAAGAUUCAGAUGUAUCUUUCAGAAGAUGUCUAGAGAGGCAAUAUCUCUGUGUGCUCUGAACAAGACGUUAAACAGAGUGGAGAACAAACUGCAGUCUAUAGAUGCUCAAUUUACUGUACUAGAUUCCAACAUUCAGAAAUUAUCAGAGAAGUUUGACUUCCGUAGUACUGCCUUGGAGCAUCAGAUGGACCAGGAUGAAAUGUGGACAUCACUGCUAGAAGACAGAUUCACAUCUGUAGAAGUUAACCUUUUCUACAGCUACAUAUGUGAAACUAUUAAUUGUCUACAUUCUCAACUGACAAAAAUGCUUCCGGAUCUGGCAAGAGUCCUUCCUACUCUGACUUCUGUUCUGAGGAGGAAAAGAAAAAAUCCAAGAAUUCAGAUGGCAUGGGAGUCUGCACUGGAGAUACUGGGGUUGCAAGAGGGAGAUGUUAAAGCCCUGUGUGCAUUUUUCAUUACUCAUAGUUUUAAUGCAUGCUACUAUCCUGCUAACCAAAGACAAAGUUACACCAAAGAUAUCAACUCUAUGAUAAGGGAAGUGGUGAAGAACCAAAUCCUUCAGCGCAGCCUUUUGCAUGCUGUUUCUGUAGUGGAAAGGGGAAAACUUUAAGAAGUUUCCAAAAAUAAAAAGCACUCUCAAAAGAAUAACCUUCCUCUAGAAAUGAAGUGUAAAACUAAUCAUACUUGGAAAAUCCUACUAUGUGGCUUUAUGCUUUUUCUAUAAUUGCAGAAAGUAGCUCUCUGAACAUGUAUCAGCCUAAUUGUAUUAAACUGUGGUCCCCAGAACUGGACACAGUAUUCUGGAUGAGAUCAGACCAAGGCACAAUUGUGAGGGUUUGAUUUUAGGCUCCUCUUUCAGUCCAAAGAAAUCAGUAGAUUUUUGUUGCUUCAAAACAGGUUAAAGAUUUAUUGGUGCAUUUAACAAUAAACAAGUGUCUGUGACAUGAUUAUGAAACUUUUCUCCUCCUUCAAACAGGAAUGGGUUGCCAUAGCUGUUCCAUGGUUCCGGCAAAUCAGCAGGGACCCAGUCUCUCACUGGU